UCGACGCGCCCCGCACGACCCGACCGUUAUAAUACGCGCACGAUCGCACGACCCGGCCUCGAGCAUUAUAAUACGCCGUACUGUACGUAGUACGCCGAUCCGCCGAACCAACCCCGCCGCCAUGUCCGCCGCUCCCAGCCUCGUGUGGCGCGCAAAAGAGACGCUCUGGUUCCUCCUCACCACGCCCAUGGUGCCCCCCACGCCGGGUACGGGCCCGGUCGAGAUGUCGCCCAUUGACGAGUUGUCGCCUUCGGCGUUGGCACCGCCGCUUGCCAGCCCCGCGUCGUCGCGCUCCAGCCAGAGCGACGCGAGCGUCGUCGAGCUGCCGCCUGCUGAACUCGGCGCCGUGCGCGCCUUGAUCGAGGACGCGACGCAGACCAAGGCGUGGUAGCCCUCCCUCCCUCCCCCCUCUCCUCCUGUACACCACCACACUGUUGUUCACUAGGGCCCUACACGCGCCAGCCUCAGCCCCCACCGCACACACAAACACGCGCCACCUCAUACACGCAACUCAUACGCGCCAUACACGCGCCCCCACACCCUCCACACGCCGCCCCGCAGCAGCCCUAUAAUAUACUCGCAUCCAGCAUGGACGUAAUGUAAUAUGCAAAAGUAAUGAUGAUUGAUCCUACACCAA